AUGUCGGCCCCCCAGGUCGCCCGUCCGAGGCCUCCACGCGAACGCCUCGGCGGCCUCAAUUCGUCCAAGAAGCCCGAUCCCUACCAGUCCAUCACGACGAAACGAAAGGCCAUGCCCGCGCCCCCGCCACGCGUACGCAACCGCCCAAAGUGCUGCGACAACCCGCAAGCCAUGGAAGAAGACGACGGCAGCACCUUUUGCUUCACCUGCGGCACCGUCCUCCAGGAGAGCUCCAUCGUGGCCGAAGUCACCUUUGGCGAGACGGCCGGUGGGGCGGCCAUUGUCGAGGGAGGCUUCAUCGGCGACCAGCAGCGGCACGCCAACUCCAUGGGCGGCACCAUGCGCGGGCUCGGCGGCAUGGAGAGCAGAGAGCAGGCCGUCAUGUUGGCCCGCACGGCCAUUGAUUCGCUGGGCCGGUCGCUGCAGCAGCGCCAGACGGUCAUUGACCAGGCCGUGGGCUGGUACAAGCUCGCGAUGAACCACAACUUCAUCCAGGGUCGUCGCAUACGCAACGUCGCCGCUGUUGCCAUCUACAUGGCCGCCCGGCGCCAGCCCGAGAACACGCUGCUGCUCAUGGACCUGGCCGAGAAGACGCAGACCAACGUCUGGGCCCUGGGCGACACCUACAAGGCCUUUCUGAAGAAACUGGGCGAGGACGACCCCGCCACCCUCUCCGGCAACAAGGCUGUCCAGGAGAUUGAGCCGCUGAUGCUCAAGUACUGCCGCAAGCUCGAGUUUGCCGAGGCCUCGCACAAGGUCGCCGACGACGCCUGCAAGCUGCUCAGGCGCAUGGGCCGCGACUGGAUGGUUCAAGGUCGCCAACCCGCCGGCCUCUGUGGUGCCUGCAUCAUUCUCGCUGCCCGCAUGAACAACUUCCGCCGCACCGUUCGUGAAGUCGUCUACGUGGUCAAAGUGGCCGACUCCACCAUCAACUCGCGCUUGUACGAGUACAAGAAGACGCCCAGCUCCGCCUUGACCGUCAAGCAGUUUCGCGAGAUGGGCCAGCAGCUCAAGGUCAAGACACUACCACCCGCCAUCUGGAGGCGCGCAGAGAGAGAGGAGCGCAGGGCGAAGAGGAAGGCGACACAAUCGUCCACCUCGGAAGACGACGAGGACGGAGAGGCCAACUCUGCAGUGGACGAGCAGUCGCCGCAUCCCAGCCAAGGGGAAGCUGGCCCCAGCACAGCGCCGUCAAGGACGAGCAAGAGACGUAAAUUAGACAAGGGGACUUCUCAAGCAAUCGCUACACCGCCUGCAACACAAGAAGGUACAGAUCCUGCUGCCGCGGAGGAUGUGUUGGAUGGAAAUGCCGAGACUGUCAUUGAUACCGUCGCCACGGCGUUUGAGGAAGCAGAGGAGAUCCAAGCCGGUGAUCCCGACUUGAUCUUCGAAAUCAAACAGGAUCUGGAAGAGGAAGUCACCCACACCAUCAAAGACUGGGAGAGUAUUUUCAAAGAAUGCGCCCAAAACGAAAAUCACGAACUGUUGCAACGCACGGGCUGGACAGCGAGCGAAUUGACGCGCAUGCGCACCGACACCCGCGACGUUCCCGUGAACCUGUCCCCCGACAUUGGCGAAGACGAGUUUGACAACGACCCGGACGUUGCAAAUUGCAUUCUUGGACCUGAAGAGGUCCGUCGCAAGGAAGCCAUCUGGAUCACGGAAAACGAAGAGUGGCUUCGCGAUCAGCAGAAGAAAAUCCUGGACGCCGAACUCGAGGCCGCAGAAGACAAGCCCAAGAAGCCAAAGCAGAAACGCAAACACCACCAAAUGGGCGACGGCAGCCUCCUCGAAGGCCAACCCGCUGCCAGCGCCGCCGAGGCUGCCCACAGGAUGCUCAAGAAGCGCGCCAAGCAGUUUAGCAACCACAUCAACUACGACCGUCUCAAGGAACUCUUUCCAGGCGGUGACACGACGAGUACGCCGUCGGGCAGCGGCCAAGGCGCCAGCCCAGCUGCCUCUGACGCCACGAACAGCCCGCCACCUGCUACACACCAGACCAAUGCGAAUGCAGCAGCCGAGGCCGAAGACGACUACGACGAACAAGAACAGCAGGAGGAGGAGGAGGAAGAAGAUCUCGAGCAUCAAUACCUCGACGACGAUGAUGAAGGAUUCGGCAACGUGGAUUACGACGAUUAUUGA